CUCAGUGAGAGAGAGCGUGCAGGGAACAGUCCGCGAGGCGGCGCUAAUGAGCGAGCCCGAGCUCGAGCCGCCCGCAGCGGCAGAGAAGAAGAAGAGGCGCUGCAGCGCAAGAAGGGCACAGCGAUGGCGGCGUCCAUCAGACUCGGGCGGAGGGCCGUUUUCUUUGCUCUGAGAGCCAUAAAACCCUAUAAGCUGACAGUUCAAAACAGACUAAUAAUUCAGAAUAAACGCCAGUGGACCGCAGGCUGGACCGGAAGCGGCUUCAGACACUUGUUUCAGUCGCCGUCAGUAUGUGCAGGGGUCGCUCCUCUGGAGCUGCAGAUGCCAGCGCUCUCGCCCACCAUGGAGGAGGGAAACAUUGUUAAAUGGCUGAAGAAAGAAGGUGAUGAAGUGGCUGCUGGUGACGCUCUCUGUGAGAUUGAGACUGAUAAAGCUGUGGUGAUCAUGGAGUCCAAUGAUGAUGGAAUCCUUGCUAAAAUACUCGUGCAGGAGGGCAGUCGAGGUGUGCGUUUGGGAACUCUCAUAGCACUGAUGGUCAGUGAAGGUGAAGACUGGACACGGGUGGAGAUUCCAGCGCUCGAGCCAGUAACACUCACCACAGCUCCGCCCACUGCAGCCACGCCCACUGCUGCUGACCCCGCCCCUCCUCUGACCACCACACCUUCAGCACCCAAACAAUUGCGCUUGAGUCCAGCUGCGAGACACAUUUUGGACACUCAUGGUUUGGAUCCUCAUCUGGCAAAAGCUACAGGUCCACGCGGCCUCAUCACUAAAGAAGAUGCUCUGAAGCUGUUGAAUCAGAGUGGUGAAAGGCUCUCAGCUCCUCCAGCAGCUGCGGUCGCUCCUCCUGCCCCGGUCUCCGUCUCUCCACCCAUCGCCCCGAGCACCGGCCGCCCCACCUUCCCAGCCCUGUCUGUGCCCGGAAAACCUGGAAUGCCGGGCACGUUCACGGAGAUCCCGGCCUCUAAUGUGAGGAGAGUCAUUGCACAGAGACUGACGCAGUCCAAGAGCACCAUUCCUCAUGCGUAUGCUUCGGUCGACUGUGACCUUGGGCCCGUCAUGAAGCUCCGGAAACAGCUGGCCACGGAGGACAUCAAGGUGUCAGUCAAUGAUUUCAUCAUCAAAGCGACUGCCGUCUCACUCAGAGAGAUGCCAGAGGUGAAUGUGAUGUGGUCCGGUGACGGGCCGCAGGCUCUUGACUACAUCCACAUCUCCAUCGCCGUGGCAACACCACGGGGCCUCAUAACCCCCAUCAUCAAAGAUGCUGCUAACAAAGGGCUGCAGGAGAUCGCUGCUACCGCUAAGGCUCUGGCGCAGAAAGCUCGGGACGGGAAGCUGUUACCAGAGGAGUAUCAGGGAGGAUCUUUCAGUAUCUCUAACCUGGGGAUGUUUGGUAUCAGUGAGUUCAGUGCGGUCAUCAAUCCUCCUCAAGCCUGCAUCUUAGCCGUGGGCGGCACCAGGGCUGAGCUGAGGUUGGCCCCCCAGAACCCAGAUGGCCCCGUUCUCCGCACUCAGCAGCUAAUGACGGUGACUUUGUCUAGCGACGGGCGUCUAGUGGAUGACGAACUUGCCUCACGCUUUCUGGAAAAAUUUCGCACAAACCUAGAGCAGCCUCAGCGUGUGAGUGUGCCAUAGAGAGAGGAAGUGUUGGGACUGAAUGCGCUCUGGUGUUAUGGGGCUUUUCUUAUACAUGCUAUUUAUUGGUUAAGAUGUACAUAGACAAGUGAUUCAAGGUCAGAGAAACACUUUGAAGCCCUAGGUCAAUUAAUAAUAUCAUUUACAGCACUUCUACCAUAAAUGGAAUGGAAUGUUCUGGUUAUUUUGGAGUGAGAAGCAUUCAGUGUACUGCGUAAACGUAAAUCAUGUGGCAGUGUUAAGGCACCUUUAUAGUGGACAAUAUGUUAGGACACUCUUUUUUGGACUGCCCAAUAAUCCAAUAAACUCAUGUCUUCUGCU